AUGAAUCCAGCCACAACACGAUCACAACCCGCUACCACUACUCCCGCGAGUACUACUUCGGUCUUCAGAAGUGGUGUCACCAGGAAUAGCGGUAACGACAAUAACCCCUUCUUGGAAACACCUGCGCGGAAACUGUUCAAGCACCACCACCACCACCACCACCACGACGGCACCACCAGCAGUAGUGGCGCCUUUUCCGGAUCGGGCUACACGCACCAGCAAGGUUCUACGAGCAGUUGCGCCAUCUUUGCCGUCCUCAAGGAAGCCGCAGCGACUUGUGCUAACAAGAGUUAUGCCGUCCAGUACCACCACCAGCAACAACACAUCGUCGUCUACUCCACUCUCUGCAACAACUCCGAUAUCGGGGAUGGGGUCAGUACCGGCAACGAUACGACAAUGCAUGUCAAGGACAGUCAUGGGUUCAUCAUCCCAUCUGCACCCACCGCUCGUACUUCAGGAAAGACACCUCGGGUACAUCAACAACAGUAUCCAAGUACGACUCCCAAGGGCCCACCCAACCAACAUUAUCUCGAACAACUUGCCAAAUCGCUGGAAUCAGAGCCUGCGCCAAAGCUGAAUCUGGGUCUCGUUUCAGUAACGGGUGAGGGAGAGGAAGGGUUACAGGACCAGGAGAAGGAACAGGAACAAGAACUCCCGGUCGAGGCUGUUCCUCCAGCGAACUCUAGGAUGAUGGAUUUUGCUCGCAAGUCGAUCAUGCAGCACUCUGCAGCGGUGCCUGGGUCUAUUUUCCGCAAGCUGGGCAACAAAGCGGGAUCUCAGCAGUCGUUGACUCAUUCGCAGGCGCGUUCUUUGAUCAGCAGCAACGAUGACAGCAGGACUCUGCAUCAGCCUUCUGUUACCUCAAAGCCGACGCCACCAGUCCAACCACCAGUCCAACUACUAGUUGCUAUAAAACCAACGGCGGCAAAGGCCGUGUCGCUUCAGGAAAGGAUGACCACAAAGCGUCCAAAUGAGUCGACGGCGGCAAAAGAGGCAAAGGAGAUCGUGAAUCGUUGGGAGCCGGCUGGAGACUUGGCGUUCAGAUUCGUGCCGUCUCCUAAACCUCCUACCAAUCCAACAGCAGAAGCAACGGCACCGACAACGACAGCAAAACCAUUAACCUCAGAGACUUCGACUCCUUCUCACGUGUUUUCACGGAGUGUUCUUGACUUUUCUGGUCCGAGUGAACCCAAGUUCCAAAGGAAGCCUGCCCUGAACCCCACGAUCACCCCUGCCGCCGCCACACCCAUCAGCAGCAACAACAGCUACAACAGGUUUUCAAAACCUAUAUACCCUAAUAAGGCACACCAGCCGCCUUCGAUGACUGCGAUGCUGAAGGACAUUUCGUCCGCAAAGGAGAACAGGAUGCCACCAACGACUGCAACCACUACUAAAACAACAGCAGCAACAACGGAUGUGGACGUGGAAAUGGGCGAUGGGGGAGCUGAGGGUUCUGGCGGCCCUCAACGGCCGUCGCCUGCUUUCGACAUCAGAGCAGCAUUGCGAAUGGACUCUGCGAGGACACAGUAUCAGCUACCUAGUCUGAUAGCCUCACUUUCACCACCACCGAGCCCUCGACGCCGGCCCACACCGUACUUGAUUCCUUCCGCCAACGAUCGGGAAGCACUGCGGAUACGUCGGACGCCUGGGUUCAAGGCGCGGCCAUUAAAUCCCAAGAUUUUCACGGGCGCAGGAGAUCUUGGGCUUCCCAAAAUUCAAAAGCCAGCGCUCACGGUGCCAGUCUCGCCAGUGUUCAGUCAACGGAAAAGAGUCAAGGAUGUGGUCGUUACCGAGGGGCUGUCAAAGGAGAAGGACGUGUCGUCGAGUACGGCGGCUACGCGGUUGAAGGAGAUGAUUGGGGCUGGCGCUGUGGAGAAGCAAAAGCAGAAGCAACAGAAGCAGCAGCAGGAGCAGACUGGCAGGCAUCAGGUGGUCUCGGCUGGUGGCAGGCAACAAUCUAGUAGGCGCAUUGUUCAGCCAAGAAUUGUCCAUCAUGCCCAGACAUCGCGGCGGGACCGCAACAUAGGCAAGGACAAGAGUCUUGGUGGUGGAGGGAUGGGAGGUGGUGCGCGGCGGAUUGAGGUCGCUGGCGUUGGGAGAGGAGGCCAGGUUGGUUUGGAGUCGUCUUUGAAGCCCGCAUCACUGGUUGUUCCGAGCGUGGACCAGACGCGUCCUGAUAUCGAUGUUGUUGGCGCUCCCGGGUCGGAUUUGGGUCUGCACCACCACUAUCACCACAACCACGAGAUGUAUACAUCAUCAUCAGCAGCUACAGGUGGCGUAUCCAAGUUGCGGCGACCUAUUACUGCUGCUGGAGGUGCCACGACUCGGCCGGUGCCCUUCAACUUUGCGACGACCGAGUUGCAGCGGAAGCGGAUGUUGUACCAGCCCACUCCUUCAGAUUAUUCUCUGAUCGCCACUUCUGCGCCGUCUUCGUCCGGGGCUGUUGUUGGGAGCGGUAGUCUUAUGGGUAGCACGAAUGGGUUGUCGUUGGAGGACCUUAUGCCUAACAUGUAA